AUGGACCUCGCGUUCGAUAUUGACGAGCCUGUCGUAGUCAAGGAGUGCUGCCACCCUGGAACAACAAAGCGGAUGCUCGAGCUAUGUUCCAAACAUGGCGCCAAGACUAAGUCUGGAGCAGGUCGAUUUAACAUCCUCCAGGUCUCUAAAGCGAUCAGAACGGAGGCGAUUAUAAGCAAGUACUACACCACCCUCCCUCGCCCGCGUACUCUCCGCAAGGUCAUCGGCUACAGGAAGCCCACUACAUGCAAGAGCGCACUCUGGAAGACAGCCAACCAGUUUCGUAUCAUCAAGAUCCAUCUCUCCGAAGAACUCCUGGAAUAUGGCAAUCCGUACGCCUUUAUCGAUCGUCUGGUAUGCAUCGUAACACUGCUGUGCAAGGAGCAAGACAAGGACCACGUCGCUUCGAAAUCGGUACACCUGAACCUCGGCAGCUUCUUCCAGCAAAUGCUCCCUUUCAACGAGAAGUCUCAGCUAGAUAGGCGGUAUGGAGAAUAUCUCGACUGGUUGUUCUUCCAUUCCGACACCCACGAGCCAGACCACGACAAGCUCGCGAAAGGUAUAGUACGCAGCCUGCAGCGACUGGUGGCUACGAUAGGCAAGCAUUCUGGCCGCGAGCAGUGGAAGAUUCUCGUGGAGACUGAGAUUGCGGAGGAGGACGAGGGCGGUGCGAAGGCGCUGUUCGAUUUCCAAGUCGCUUGCGCGGAGCAAGGUGUUAAGGUCUGUGAUUUGGAGAGCUAG